AUGGUGGGCUUCGUUCACGUGAAAGAAAAACCAAAGAAAACGGCUAAGGAAGUGGAAAUCAUACUUCUCUACGUGGUGUAUGGUCAAGGAGAACUGGCAGCAAUAAAAAUUAGAAAUCAAACUCAUUCCGAGUUCUCAACUAAGCUGGCGCAACCGUCGAUAUCUCAGUUUGUAGAGCGGAGGACUGUAGAGUUGCAGCAAUCCUUAGGUCGCUGGUACGAAUCCGGCUCAACGGAGCGUUUGGCAGAAUGGUGUGCUUCGUUCACGUGA